AUGAGUGGAUCAAAGCAAAACUUUUCAAUUUUAAACGUCGUUUCUCAGCGUACAUUUUUGGCUAUGAUGAUGUUUAUGCUAUCGAUCAAUCUUUACGGAGUUCUUCACUGCCACGGCCGCUCUAUUAUUAUUAAGAGAGAUACUCCUGAGAUGUUUCCUUUGGAGAAUAAAUUUAUACAACCAGAAGUUUGUAUCGAUGGCGGAAAUAUUGCCAACGACUAUCUUCACCAAAUUAGACAACAAAAUAAGUGUGCAAUUAUACAAGAAACAAAGUAUUUUCGUAUUCAUUACGAUGACUUCGGUUAUCCUACACCGACUGGAUUCAUGGCGAAAACUUGCCUUCCUAUUAACUGCGGAGAUACUGAAGACGUCAGCAAAAAUUGCAGAAACUAUGUUAACAUGACCAGUCAUCCUCUUUAUAUCCGUUAUUCAGAUAAUCAGGUUGGAGUAACGCAAUAUCUUAGUGUCGCCAAUUGUAUAAUACCGCCAACAAAUAAAACUGUUAUAUUUGGUACUUUACAAUCUAACAAGACGAUCGAAUUUCUCGAUAAUGAAGUUAAUACUAUAAAUACUUGGUAA